AGGCAGCCGCCUAGCCCAUUUACAUCAUCCUGUACGCAGACGGUACUCAGACCGAAACGGUUUACAUCUCUUCUGUGGCACUAUGGAGCAAUUCAAGGUGUGCGGAAUUUUUGCGGGCCUAGCCAUCUGUGUUCUCACAGCUCUUGGAAGCUGGAGUAGGCCAGCACUUGAGUUGAAGGGACGACGCUGGCCAAUAUUCCAAAUGGUUCCCGAAAAUGACCGCAGAAUCACACGAACCUGCCGGUACAUUGCAAGGGGGCGACUGAAAGAAAUAAGGAACAAACCGGACGGAACACACUGCAACAAGUCCCCUUUCGUAUCGGAAGGUGUCUGUUUUCAUGGACUGUGCGUUGGAUCCUACACUGAAGUGUCUGCGACCGAGCUUGCACAGAAUAAAAGUACAGAGACCCAGGAAAUACCAGUGAAGUGUUCGGAGUACAAACGCAACAACACAGGAGGCCACCCUGUUUCAGACUGCGCCUUUAGGUGCAAAGAAGGCGAAGUUGUAUUUAUGGUCCAGGAGCAGAAUUGGCUUCCAUGCAGGUCAGAUCCCGGAAAAUCGGGCCGCUGCGUGGAAGGCAUAUGCUGGGCACCACUGCCGCUGAUCUGGAUUCCAAGAAAUGAAGAAAACAACAGCACAGAGCGAACACCUAAUGAGGAUUCUAUUCAAAGUAUCUCUACCAAAAUCAGUUCCUCAACUGUAAAUGACCAACAACACCCACAAAUGCAGAUUUCCGAAAAAAGAACAACUACCGCAUCAAGAGGGCCAUACGUUGUAUUUGCUCAUUUUGCCAAAAAAUUUUCGACGGCGUCAAGAGUAAAACAGAAGCAGUAUAGACAUGUGAACCUCGUUAGACUACUUCCAAGAAAUAAAUAAAAUAUUUAAUGUCUAAGCGCUGUUCAUCCUUUGAAUGCUUUUUUAAG